AUGGUGGAGGUUGUUGUGGUGGCGGUGGCAAUAGUUGUUGUAGUGGUGAUGGUGGUAGUGGUGGUGGUGGCAGUAAGAGUGGUGAUGGCGGUGACAGUGGCGGUGAUAGAAGUGGUGGCAGCAACGGUGAAUUGCCCAUACCACUAUAAAUAUGCCGAUAGCUCGACCACAAGAGGAGAUCUUGGCAGGGAAGAGGUUAGGUUCAUUUCCAAUAAAGGCACAAGUGUUCUUUCUAAUAUUUUGUUUGGGUGUGGUCAUGAAAAUUAUGGUUUCGUUGAAGCCAAAGAAAAUUAUGGUUACAAUGGCAUUGGCUUAGCAAGUGGGGUUCUUGGACAUGGUCCAAGUAAGAAGUUAUCUCUGGUUUCACACUUAGGUUCCAGAUUCUCAUAUUGCAUUGGAAAUAUGAGUGAUCUUGACUAUGAGUAUAACCGGUUGGUUAUAGGGGAUGAUGAAGCAGAAAUUAAAGGCUAUUCAACACCAAUACAAGUGUUUAACAAUAUGUAUUGCCUAACCGUCGAAGGAAUAAGCGUAGGAGAGAAACAGCUUGAGAUCGAUCCACAUACAUUCAAAAGAAACCCAUCGUCUGGUGAGGGUGGAGUGAUCAUAGACACUGGAACAACACUAACCAUUCUAGACACAGGUGGGUACAUCCCGCUUAUUACAGAAGUGCAAAGCUUGAUUGGCGGAAUUUUGCCAAAAUUGGAUAACUUGUCCAACCCUGACAGGUUGUGCUACAAGGGUAGAGUGAGCACAGACCUUAUAGGGUUUCCAGUUGUGACAUUCCACUUUGCGCAAGGGCUAGAUUUGGUGUUAGAUGUGGAGGCCAUGUUUGACCAAGACCGUGAAAUGGACAGGUUUUGCAUGGCAGUGUUGCCGGCUUAUUUUCAAGACUUAAGUGUGAUUGGUAUUAGGGCUCAACAGUAUUACAAUGUUGCUUAUGACCUAGCUAGUAUGAAGCUCUAUUUCCAGAGGAUAGAUUGUGAAGUUCUUGACUGA